UAAAAUAUAGUUGUUUAUUCAUAUGUAUACUAUUGCAUAAACUUAAAUUGUGUGAAUAUGAGGGUAGCCUUUCUAUUGUUGUGCUUAUGCGAGAUUUAUCAUGGUGCGUUGGACACCGGAUAUCCGGAUGGGUUAAUGGCUAAUUGUCCAGGAAUGAAUAAGAGUACAAUAAUCUCUGAAAAAACGAAACGGACGCUGUCGUUGGUUAUUGCAUAUCCUUCGGACAACAUGUUCGGUUAUUCAGAGACAAGGUGCAAGCUGUCCGCGAAAGGAGCCGCGUGCGCCGCAAAAUACUUCGACUUCAAAAAAAGAAAAACCCAGAUUAUAGUAAGUGGUUACAUGGAUACAACAUUUUCGCCUUUAGCGCGAUCAAUAAUAACAAUGUACAUCAACCUCGGAAGAAAUGUUGCCAUGCUGGAUACCUUCCCCAUACUCCUCCGGCCUUAUCCAAUAGCAGCUCGAAUUACGAAACCACUCGGCGAACUAUUGGGAGAGUUUUUGGCUGCUUUGAACCUUCAUGGUCUGUCACAUAAACACCUAGAAAUCGUUGGAGGCAGCUUGGGUGCUCACAUUGGAUACUACGCCUCCGUAAAAUAUUACGAGCUCACAUCACGGAAGCCUGCGAGACUGACUGGGUUAGAUCCGGCAGGUCCGUGCUACCGUAACAUGAAUCCAAAGGAUCGCUUCAACGCGGAAGGAGCCGUCAAAGUGGACGCAUUGCAUACUAAUAUCGACGGAUUCGGCAUCGCUGAUCCAAUCGCCCAAAUAGAUUUUUAUGCUAACGGCGGUGAAUUCCAGCCCGCUCUGGCUGGCGACUUCAUCAUGCCUUGCUUCCAGCUGUGCAGUCACGUCCGGGCCGCCAUGUACUGGAUCCUGGCCUACACGAACCCCGACAAGUUUCUGGCGGUCCGCUGCGAUUCCGUCGCUGACGUCAGACACGGAAACUGCUACGACGGAAACAUAACUAGCAACGUCUUAGGACCGAGAACCGAGUUCAAUGAACCUGGAAUCUACUACCUUCCUACUAAAGAGGUCAGCCCUUAUUACCUUGGAAAAGAAGGCCUGAAGAAAUCAAUGUACGGCGUUAACGCUUACCUCUUAAAGCCGGCUCCAGACAUAGACAUGAUUAUAUGACAAGAAAUAAAAGUAGACCACAACUACAGAGCUUUAUUUUAUAUUACGCAACAGCCAAACUAUUUAUUAUGAUUCGAUUAGGCCCAGAGGCGAUAAUAUAUAUUUAAGAUUAUAUAUAAGAUAUUUAUUACAAAAUCUAUUAUUUAUUUACACAUUUCACGUUAAUAAUAAUUCAGUCAAAACAAGCUCCUCAUUGACUAACUGUGCCCGUUUGGAACAAAUGUAUCGUUAAUCGCAAAACACACAGUAUUGUGUUGAUUUUCGAAAGAGACAUUUUCUCAUCAUUAAAUAAUAUAACCGAAAAUACAUCAAUCAUUUAUUUUGCAAUUAACGAUACAUUUAAUUGUAAUGCAGUAAAUACAGUUUAGUUUAUUCAUAUAUAAGAAAAUGACAAUAAUUUUGAUUAUUCACAAGACGCGAUUGUAUAAAUUAAACAGAGUAUUGGUCGCUCCUGAAAACCGGUUAGUAAUAUUUCCUUUUCAAAGACGACAAGAAAAAAAUAAAAAAU